GCAAAGGUAGAAAAAACACCAGAACACGUUAUCGGUGUCAAAAAUGCAACGUACCCCUCUGUGUGUCAUCCGCUGAGACACUGCUUUGCGACCUACCAUUCGUGAAUGUAGGUGCUUUGUGAGCUAUCACUUGUGACUGUAAAUAUAUAUUAUAGAUUUAUAUUUGUAUACAUAUUUGUAUACAUAUUUGAUAUAUACAGUAGGACCUCAAAGAUACGAACACCAGACAACCGAACUGACCGGUCAACCGAACAGCAUGCUCUAGCGCGAGCGCGCGCUCUUGCAAAAAUUUGAUCACGUAAUGUAGCCACGCGCACGCGCACUUUUGAGGCGUGGCCUAGCGCUAGCCACGUGGUAGCUGAUCCAAGAUGGAGGCAAAGGACAAGCCUAAGAGAAAGCGAGUCAAUUUAUCUAUUGAACAAAAGAUCGAGAUUCUUGAGAAGCUGGACAGAGGUAUUUCUAAUACAGCUAUUGCUUCUGAAUAUAGCAUUGGAAAAUCCACAGUAACUGAUAUACAGAAAUCUAGGAGCAAAAUUACUCAGUUUGCCGUUGAAGCUAAAGACAGCAGUAGUUUUAAGAAGCGUUGCAUUGUUAGGAGAGCUGAUGAUGACCAAUUUGACAAGGCCAUGCACCUUUGGUUCACACAAGAACGGCACAAAGGCACUCCUCUGAGUGGGGUUGUUGUCAUGGAGAAAGCCAGGCUGAUGCACCAGCAAAUGUAUCCAGAUCGGUCACCAGAUGAUUUCAAGGCUAGCACUGGUUGGCUUCAUAGAUUCAAGCAGAGGCAUGGUAUUCGUCAACUAAGCAUGCAGGGAGAGUCUCUUUCAGCUAAUCCUCAGUCUGCUGAAGCAUUCAAGCUGUCUUUGCAUAAAUAUAUUGAAGAUCAUAAGCUUUCCAUCCAUCAGAUCUUUAAUUGUGAUGAGACAGGUCUGUGUUGGCGCCUGCUGCCGAACAAAACCCUGGCAGAUGGUUCUGAAAAGGCUGCAAAGAAUUGCAAAUCCCCUAAAGAUCGGGUAACAUUGAUGGCAACUGCCAAUGUCAGUGGAGAUAUGCGUAGCCCUCUGGUCUUUAUUCACAAGAGCGCUAAGCCUCGCUGUUUUUCAGGGGUCAACAUGUCAUCUCUACCAGUCCAUUAUUAUAGCCAAAAAAGUGCCUGGAUGGAUCAAUCAAUUUUCUUGGACUGGUUUUUCAAGCACUUUGUACCAGAGGUGAAGCGUUACUUGAAAUCAAAGUCAUUGCCACUUCAAGCUCUUCUCAUUAUGGAUAAUGCACCAUCCCACCCUUCAGUAGAGGCUUUGAGUUCUGAAGGAAUGAGUUGCAUGUUUCUGCCCCCCAAUGUCACAAGUCUGGUUCAACCUAUGGAUCAGGGAGUGCUGGAGAACCUGAAGCGCAGGUACAAACGAGAGCUCAUGAGAAAACUGCUGCUUCAAUCUGAAUCGAGUGAAGACUCCUUCAUUUCCUUCAGCAAAAAGCUGACCAUAAAAGAUGCGGUGUACCUGAGUGCUAAAUCUUGGAACGAAAUUCCUGAAGUUUCUCUCUGUCGUGCUUGGAAUAAGCUAGGGUUUGGUGGUCGUAGUAUGGGUGAUGCUUCUCGGAUCGAUGCCAGUGAAUCCGAAGAAGAAAUUACCUUUGAAGUAUGUUCCCAGUUGGGCAUCAAUGAGGAAGAAAUGGAGCAAUGGCUUCUUGCUGACAAGGAUGAAACUGGGUCUCAAUCGCUGACUGAUGAAGAAAUUAUCGACUCUGUUCAGGUCCAGGAUCCAUCGGACAGUGAAGAUGAAGCUGAGCACACUGAUGUAGCUAAGAUUAGCCACACAAAGGCUGUUGAUUGCUUUAGUGUCUGCUUGGAAUGGUUAGAGCAGCAGCCUGAAGCCACCCCCAUAAAUCUCAUGCUUUUGAGAGAGCUCCUGGACCUUGCAGGACAAAAAAGGGGUUCUGCCUUGAAGCAAAAGACAAUGGAUUGUUAUUUUAGUAACCCUUGA